UCUUCGGAAACGGGAUGUGAUGUAAAUACACACCAACUUUUUUUUUUUGUUCUUCUCUCUCUGGAGUGUGCAGAUCUUCUUCUUCCAGCACAUUGUUGGUGGAAAACUAGCAGCAGAAGGUAUAAAAGAAGAGAAACGAGGCAGACAGUAAACCCUCAGAGAGAUCCAAAGUCACCGUUAGUUUUCUCCACCAUGAUCCUGUGAGCUCCGACAGUCUGCCUCCGACAACCGACUCACGACCUGCCGGACGGGACUCCGAGAAAAACGGAUCAAACCGGAGAGAAGCUCGCUGCUGUUGUGGAUCCGGAGGGAAACCGCGGACAGAAAAUAAAAAGUGGACCGCUGCGUUCUCGAGCAGCUCGGCUGAACUGAAUGAAUUCACUUCCUGAAGGCAGAACACAGAUCUACGUCAGAAAAGAAAGAUUGUUUCAAGAGCUAACUAGAUGUAGCGUGUGUGUUGUUGUGAUCGGCGGACCAUCAUGCACCUCUUCCUGCUGCUGAUCCUUCAAGCCACAGCAGCCUUGGGACAGAUCGACCCCGCACACUGUCGCUAUGCCUUGGGCAUGGAGGAUAGACGGAUUAAAGACGAUGACAUCACAGCAUCCAGCCAAUGGUAUGAGACCACGGGACCACAGUACGCCAGGUUGAAUCAUGAGGAGGGAGAGGGCGCCUGGUGUCCUAUGGGGCAGCUGGAGCCUUCAGACAGUCAGUACCUGCAGGUGGAUCUGGGAAGGCUGACCUUCCUCACGGUCGUUGGGACUCAGGGACGGUACGCCAGGAACUCUGGGAACGAGUUUGCCCGAGCUUACCGCCUCAACUACAGCAGGGAUGGCCUGCUGUGGAAGUCCUGGAAGAACCGGCUGGGAAAUGCUGUGAUGGAGGGCAACAAAAACGCCUACGCCUCAGUCAUCAACGACCUUUACCCUCCGAUCAUCACCCGCUACGUCCGGCUGAUCCCGGUCACCAAACUGUCGACCACCGUCUGCAUGAGAGUGGAGCUUUACGGCUGUCCAUGGGAGGACGGUCUGAUCUCCUACAGCGCUCCGGAGGGUCAGCUCAUGAUGCCGCCUGGUUAUCCCAUUGCCAGCCUCAACGACUCCACUUAUGACGGAGUUCAUGAGAGAAGGAGGCUGUUCGGGGGGAUGGGUCAGCUGACGGACGGUGUGAUCGGCCAGGAUGACUUCCUGGUGACGCGUCAGUACCACGUGUGGCCGGGCUAUGACUACCUGGGCUGGAGGAACGACUCGCUGGGAACUCAGGGAUACGUGGAGAUGGAGUUUGUCUUCGACAGGCAGAGAAACUUCACCUCCAUGAAGGUUCACAGUAACAACAUGUUCUCCCGCGGUGUGAAGAUCUUCUCCUCUGUCUCCUGUUGGUUUAAGCCCCGCCUCAUCGCAGGCUGGGAGGCGGAGUCUGUGGCGUUCAAGACGGUGCUGGAUGACAGAAACCCGAGCGCCCGCUAUGUCACCGUGCCGCUGAACCGUCGCACCGCCAAAUCCAUUCGCUGUCGCUUUUACUUCGCUGACGUCUGGAUGAUGUUCAGCGAGAUCUCCUUUCAGUCAGAGGACACUGUCCUCCCUACCCAGAUUACCUUGGAGGUGACCCCUACUCCAGUCAACGAGGAGGGCACCAUGUCAACCACACCAAAGACAGCAGUCAAUCCGUCAGCCAGUGACCCGCCAGAUGACAGGAACACGCCCAUUCUAAUUGGCUGCCUGGUGACCAUCAUUCUGCUGUUGGUCAUCAUAAUCUUCCUCAUCCUCUGGUGCCAGUACGUCUGCAAGGUGCUGGAGAAGGCUCCACGUCGGAUCCUUGACGAGGAGGUGACAGUUCGGCUGUCGUCCUGCAGUGACACCAUCAUCCUCCAGACCCCCCCUGUUCCCCCCCGCUCCGGCCAUGGCCCUACAGGCCCCGCCAACACUGACCCUCACUAUGAGAGAGUUUUCCUGUUGGACCCACAGUACCAGAACCCGGCAGUGCUCAGAAACAAGUUGCCAGAGCUGUCCCAGAGUGCAGAAGCCUCAGCUCUCCUCCUCGGUAAUCCUCUCUAUGACCUCCUCCUGCUGACUUCCUGUCACAUGACGUCAGGCUGGCUGCGUGCAUGUGGAGGAGGCUACGCCGAGCCUGACGUCACCCAGUGCACUCCGCACCAGUGCUUCCAUAGCAACGCGCCGCACUAUGCUGAGACGGACAUCGUGCGGUUGCAGGGCGUCACCGGCAGCAACAUGUAUGCCGUCCCCGCUCUCACCGUGGACUCUCUCACCAGGAAGGACAUCUCUGCCGCCGAGUUCCCACGGCAACAGCUGAUCUUCAGGGAGAAACUGGGGGAGGGGCAGUUUGGAGAGGUCCACCUGUGUGAGGCCGAGGGACUCCCAGAGUUCCUUGGGGAGGGGUCACCUCUCCCUGAUAGGGAUGGACGUUCGGUACUGGUGGCUGUUAAACAGCUGAGGGCCGAUGCUACCAGCCAAGCCAGGAACGACUUCCUGAAGGAAAUAAAGAUCAUGUCUCGUCUGAACGACCCCAACAUCAUCCGGCUGCUGUGCGUGUGCGUGUCAUCCGACCCACUGUGCAUGGUGACCGAAUACAUGGAGAACGGAGACCUCAACAUGUUCCUUUCACAGCGGGAGAUCGAGAGCACGCUGACACAUGCCAACAACAUCCCUUCAGUCAGUCUGUCCGACCUCCUCCACAUGUCGGUGCAGAUCUCGUCGGGGAUGAAGUACCUGGCGUCUCUGAACUUUGUGCACCGCGACCUGGCCACCAGGAAUUGCCUGCUGGACCGGCGCCUCACUAUUAAGAUUGCCGAUUUCGGGAUGAGCCGAAACCUGUACAGCAGUGACUACUACCGCAUCCAGGGCCGGGCAGUGCUGCCCAUACGAUGGAUGGCCUGGGAGAGCAUCCUGCUGGGUAAGUUCACCACGGCAAGUGACGUGUGGGCGUUUGGUGUCACCCUGUGGGAGAUCUUCACUCUGUGUAAGGAGCAGCCCUACAGUCUGCUGUCCGACGAACAGGUCAUAGAGAACACUGGCGAGUUCUUCAGGAACCAGGGCAGACAGAUCUUCCUUUAUGCCCCUCCACUCUGCCCACCGUCUCUCUUCGAGCUGAUGAUGCGUUGUUGGAGUCGCGACAUACCUGAUCGGCCCACCUUCGAGGGACUUUACCAAGCCCUUAGGCCACAUGUCAACCAGUGAGCCGACGCCACUGGGAUGUAUCACUCUGGCUUUCCUCAAUAGGUGGUUUGUCCAUCUCUGGACUCCUGUAAGAUGACAGACUGACAUGAGAAGACUGGAAAUGCGUUACAAGAGUAAGUCGCUGUCAGAGAGAAUGAAGAAACUUGCAGAGUUGUGGUCUGAAGGUUGGUUUGCUUUUUGGCUCGAUUCUGAGAGAUGAGAUGGAGAUGGAAGGGGGAAAGGCUGGUCAACUCAGAGGAGAAACUUUUUGCGAAAUCUAAACCUUGCAGUCGUUAGUGAACAAAGAUUUCUAUGCUUUUUAAAGAUUUCUAUCAUUGCUGAUUUCAUAGUUUCAUCCAUCUCUUAAAAGCUCCUUUGACCAAAACGUCUUAUCUGACCUUUGGACAUAUCUGUUUUUUAUGUUGUUAAGGUGCCAAUGGUGCUGUAAACUUAAUUUUCUCCCUCACUUUGGCUUUUUAAAGAUGCCAUAAACUGGACAGCCUCUUCAGUCUUGGUAGUUUAUUCUGUCCCUGUGGUUGUUAUUAUUAUUGUAAAGCACUGUCUGUGUCUCUCAGUUAUUCGUGUUCAUAUAUUAACCCACACUGGAGCUAGGGCUAGGGUCAAAUUGUAGUUUAGUUUUAUUUUUAGAUUUUUAUUCUAUUUUAUUUUUCUCGUUUUACAGUAUUUGACUUUUGUUGGUCUUUUUUGUGGAUAUGAAUGUUGUUCAGCUGAGGUUCACAUUACAGUGCCAAGAGGCUGCGUUAAAAUCUGUGUGGUUCACAGACUGAAAAUCAGUCAGUGGGUAACUGUGGGUAAUUAAGAAAAGAAUCUCGAUUGGAGGCAGAUUGAAACCAGAUAGGAAGAAAAGGACUUUAUUGCCAAAGAGAAAUAAAAAGUGUAAAUGAUAAAACAGUCACAUGAUUUUAUCAAAUUUAACUAAUCUGCCUGAAUGGACUUGGUCAAACAUUAUGGCAUUAUCAUCUGCCAGUUGUUGGAAGCUUUUAUUCAAAGUGCCUUACAUUUGUAGCAUGAGUGGUACCUGUGGGAAUUAAGCCAACAUGAACAACAUGGGUACUGCUAUCGGAGAGAGUAGUAAUCUAAUGCAAGAAUCUAAUUUCAAGGUAUGACUUUAACUGUGUCUGUGUCUGGCCUAUAAAAUAUAUGUUAGGUGUGUAUAUGUCUGUGUUGAAGCCCAUACGCCUGUAGUUGUAUAUUCCUUAUCUCCAUUAGUCAUUUUCUGCCUUGAUGGAGCUAGUUGUGGUUUGGUCUCAUUUGUUUGUUCUUUCAAAGAUUAGCCAGCUAGCCUUAAAGCAUUAAGAUUUGGAGUCACUAAUUUCAUUACUAGAAUACAACAACAAUUAAAGCAAGCCACACUGUUCAAAAUUGAGAUCGAAAUAAUUACCAAACAGAAUUGGGGCCUUAGCAUUUUGGCAAAGCAACAACUUGUUGUGUUGUAGGUAGGCUUGGCUCAGUUCUAAAGACAGCAAAGUCUACUUGCUUUUUCUCUCCGGUGUUAUGUUAGACGAGGUUCGCUUUAGUUUAAGGAUAUAUGCAAGCUAACUACCUUCAUUGGUUUAACUAUCUAUCAGUACUUUUUUAUGUUAUCUUUAAACCAGGUUUGGCUCCAGUCCCAAAACGUUGGAGUUGUUGGCUGGCUUUCUGUGCAGCUAACUACACAAUUGCCUAAUUUGUCUUGUUUUGUCUUCGCCCAGUUUGACAGUGUUGUGACAGUGAUAAGAUUGGGUCUGGUAUGAUUUUAAAGACAUGCUACAGCAGGCAAAAUUUCAGCAAGUGGAGACAAGACAGGACACCUACAUUUUGGGCCAUGCAUAGCAGAGCAGAACUACUGUGUUAGAAUGGGACCCUCUGAGUGGAGGGCCAAUGAGCCACUAGAGACUGAGGAGGAUGAGCAGAAACACCAUGGACAGAUGAAGCCAUGAGACAAGUCCCGCCUCUCACACCAUUAACCCGCCAAUCACUGCAGCAAAUCCUUAUUUCCCUUAACAAGAUUCACUUAAGAAAAUACACUGCCAUUAGAGGCUGCAGGGAACAGGUAAAAAGAGUUUUCUUUACAGAACUAACACAGCAUAGAUGCAGCACAGAACAAAAUGAACAGAGGGCUGUGGACUUUAAGAAAACUUAAUUAGGAUGUCCCAAUCAAGUCUUUUUGCCCAUGAUCCCGAUCCCGAUGUUAAGAACCUGUCGAGACCAAGUUCCAAUCUGACUUGUUUUUUCCGAGAUAAUACAGUUGCAGUGUCCACUUCAAGUUCAUUCAAGUUAUUCAAAUCAAUCCACUGCAUACGCUUGACAAUUAAAUAGCUCUGUAAUGCAUUAAAAAAAAUUGGCAGCAUCCAAUUAAUUGAAUUAGUUCAGUGGUUUACAUUUGUUUGUUUGUUUACAAAAUAACCAAGUAAAAAAACUUUAUAAAUAGCUCUUAUUAAUUUCACUUUGUGCUGCAUUGUAGUAGUAGAACACUAAAAAGGAGUAAUAUAAUCACAACAAAACAAAGUAGCCAAACGAGGCAUCGGUUGACGAGCAACUCCCGUGUUCUGAGUCUGUCCGUGGCAAAAACAAGCACUUUUAGUGGAUGUACUUUGAUUGGCGCAAUUGCCCCCAAGGAUUACAUUGCGGUCAGUGCAGACAGGCUUUGUGGCUGCCAUAUUUUAUGUCCCAUUCCCCUUAUGUCACUCAGUUAUAUGCAUUACCUGUGUGCAAUUUCAAAUCUUAUCCUCGCUAAAAUGUAAAAUGGCGCAAGUACAAAUCACCAUCACCUUCACAGGAAAGAGGGAUGAAGACCAAAUAUGUUAAGUUUGUUGUUAAGUGUUUUUGUUGUUACAGUAGUGUUUUGUUAUCUGUACUGUAUCUUAACACUUCUAUGAGUGUGUAUGUGUGUGUUUAAGAGAAAAUGAGUUUUGUGAAUGAGUGUUUUUGACAUUCCUUUGAGCACCGGGAGCUAGUUGGGAUUAAAGUGGUUUAGCAGAUUUGUUCUGUUGUGCCAAAUUAUGUGAUUAAAGGAGGGACGAUUUUAUUAUUUUAUCGUUUUUUUUAAGUAAGAAGAAAAAGGACAGAAAGUAAGGAAACCACUAAACUCAAUCUCCCAGAGUCCUUUGCUACAGUGAGCCUGUGUUUUUUGUUCUGGUUCCAUUAGAGAUAUAGACAAGACUUUUAGUUUGAUAGUGUACAGUAUAAGUGAUCUAUAAUAUCUCAGUGUGUGAAUGCAGAUUAGGUGUGUUAAUUGUUAUUGAUAAUUGGUUAUCUAUCAGAAUUUAUAGUAGCUAUUUCUCUGAUUAUUUCUAUUCUGGGAAGGUGUUGGGUUUUUUUUUCUUUUGUUUCCAACAGGAAUGCAGCAGUUUUGAACAUUUCUAACAGAGAUGUCCUGUUUCAGACAUGUAUUGUACAUAGGCUAGUAGCUGUGUAUAUUAAUAUAUUGGGAGUUGGGAACUUUGUGUUCUGUUGUCCCAAGUAAUUUUCACUCUGUACCCUCUCAUGUCUUGGUUAGUUUUUCUUAUAAUAAACAGUCAACUUUGUCAAACAGAA